CUUUCUCCUACUUCUCUUGUUUCUUCCUUCCUUUCUCUUUCCCUUCCUAGCUUUCCCCUUCUUUCUUUCGUCUUUUCCUUCUUCUCAUUCUUUCUUCCCCACUCCUGCCUUUCUUUCCUUCUUUUUCUGUCCUCCUUCCUUCCUUCAAUGGGGAAACACCAAGCUUCUUCUUUCUUUUCUUUUCUUUCUUUCUCUCUUUCUUUCUUUGCUUCCUUCCUUCUUUCUCUUUCCCUUCUUUCCUUUCCUCCUUUCUUUCCUUCUCUUUCUCUCCUUCUUUCAUUUUCUUUCCCUUCCUUCCUCUCUUCCUUCCUUCUUUUCCUUCCUCCCUUCUUUCCUUCUUUCUUUCAUUCCUUCUUUUCCCCUUACUUCCUUUUCUCCUUUCUUUCUUUCCUUCCUUCCUUCCUUCUCAUUUCCUUCCUAUGUUUCCUUUCUUUCCUUCUCUUUCUUUCAUUUAUUUCUUUCUUUCCUUCCCUUUCCUUCCAUCUUUCCCUUCCUCUCCUUCCUCUCUUCCUUUCUUCCCUUCUCUUCCCUUUGCUUCCUUUUCUUCUUUCUUUCUUUCUUUCCUUCCUUCUCAUUUCCUUCCCUUUCCUUCCAUCUUUCCCUUCCUCUCUCUUCUUUCUUUCUUUCUUUCUUUCUUUCCGUCUUUCUUUCUCUUUCCCUUCCUUAUUUCUCUUUCUCUUCUUCCCUCUCUUUCUUUCUUCUCUUUUCCCCCUCUUUCUUUCCAUCUCUUUCCUUCCAUCUUUCUUCCUCUUUCCCUUUCUCUCCUUCCUUUCCUUCCUUUCCUUCUCUUUCCUUCCUUCUUUCGCUCUCUUUCCUUCCUUCCUAUUCUUCUCUUCUCUUUCCGUUUCUUCUCUUUCUUUCUUUCUUUCCUUCCUUCCUUCUUAUCCUUCUCUUCUCUUUCCUUCUCUUUCUUUCUCUCCUUCAUUCUUAUCCUUCUCUUCUCUUUCCUUUUCUUCUCUUUCCUUCCUAUCCUUCUCUUCUCUUUCUCUUUCUUUCUCUCCUUCCUUCUUUUCUUCCUCUUUUCUUUCCUUCCAAAUGAUCCCAAACUCCAUGACCUUGUGUCUAAUGCAAUGGGAAUCCUGCUUUUCCUUUGUCUUUUCUCUCCUUCCCUCCUUUCUUUUUUCCCUCACUCCUUCCCCACUCUUGUCUUUCUUUCCUUCUUUUUCCAUCCUUCCUUCCUUCCUUCCUUCUUUCCUUCCUAAAGAAGGGAAACUCCAAUCCCUGGGGAAGAAGAGGACUUGUUCUUUUCUUUCUUUUUUUUCUUUCUUUCUUUCCUUCUUUCCUUCCUUCCUUCCUUCCUUCCUAUCCUUCUCUUCUCUUCUCUUUCCGUUUCUUCUCUUUCUUUCUUUCUUUCCUUCCUUCCUUCUUAUCCUUCUCUUCUUUUUCCUUCUCUUUCUUUCUCUCCUUCAUUCUUAUCCUUCUCUUCUCUUUCCUUCUCUUUCUUUCUCUCCUUCAUUCUUAUCCUUCUCUUCUCUUUCCUUUUCUUCUCUUUCCUUCCUAUCCUUCUCUUCUCUUUCUCUUUCUUUCGUUCUCUCCUUCCUUCUUUUCUUCCUCUUUUCUUUCCUUCCAAAUGAUCCCAAACUCCAUGACCUUGUGUCUAAUGCAAUGGGAAUCCUGCUUUUCCUUUGUCUUUUCUCUCCUUCCCUCCUUUCUUUUUCCCCUCACUCCUUCCCCACUCUUGUCUUUCUUUCCUUCUUUUUCCUUCCUUCCUUCCUUCCUUCCUUCCUUCUUUCCAUCCUAAAGAAGGGAAACUCCAAUCCCUGGGGAAGAAGAGGACUUGUUCUUUUCUUUCUUUCUUUCCUUUCUUUCUUUCUUUCUUUCCUUCUUUCCUUCCUUCCUUCCCGCGACUCCAGAGCAGCCCCAUUGAAACCCUUUAGAAAAAAAAGACCUUGGUUUUUCCCCACAAGCAAAAGCAAAGUCCAAGGAAUUUGGGGAUCAAACAAAAAGGGAUCCCCAAAACUUCUCAUGCUUGGUCUUGCUCCAAAUUCGAAACAUAUAUAUGGGAAAAUAUGCAGUUCAUGGAUAGAUAGAUCAUACAAGGGAUUCCAAUGGAUAGAUAUCUCGACCCCUCUGGGCCAAGGCCGGGUCAACCAGCUGGGCGGCGUCUUCAUCAACGGGCGGCCCCUGCCCAACCACAUCCGGCACAAGAUCGUGGAGAUGGCCCACCACGGGAUCCGGCCCUGCGUCAUCUCCCGCCAGCUGCGCGUCUCCCACGGCUGCGUCUCCAAGAUCCUCUGCCGCUACCAGGAGACCGGCUCCAUCCGCCCCGGGGCCAUCGGGGGCAGCAAGCCCAGGCAGGUUGCUACUCCGGACGUGGAGAAGAAAAUCGAGGAAUACAAGCGAGAGAAUCCCGGGAUGUUUAGCUGGGAGAUCCGGGACCGGCUCUUGAAGGACGGCCAUUGCGACCGGAGCACCGUCCCUUCAGGUUUAGUGAGUUCUAUUAGCCGAGUGCUCCGAAUCAAGUUCGGGAAGAAGGAGGAGGAGGAGGACUGCGACAAGAAGGAGGAGGACGGCGAGAAGAAGGCCAAGCACAGCAUCGACGGCAUCCUGGGCGACAAAGGCAACCGUCUGGACGAAGGUUCGGACGUGGAGUCGGAGCCGGACCUGCCCUUGAAGCGCAAGCAGCGCCGGAGCCGCACCACGUUCACGGCGGAGCAGCUGGAGGAGCUGGAGAAGGCCUUCGAGCGGACCCACUACCCGGACAUCUACACCCGAGAAGAACUGGCCCAGAGGACCAAGCUGACCGAGGCCCGGGUCCAGGUCUGGUUCAGCAACCGAAGGGCAAGAUGGCGCAAGCAGGCCGGGGCCAAUCAGCUGGCGGCCUUCAACCACCUCCUCCCAGGGGGUUUCCCGCCCACCGGGAUGCCGACUUUGCCCCCGUACCAACUUCCGGAUUCCACCUACACAACGACCACUCUUUCCCAAGACGGGAGCAGCACCGUCCACAGGCCCCAGCCUCUGCCACCAUCCAGCAUGCACCAGGGAGGGCUGGCGGCCGCGGCGGCAGAUUCCAGCUCGGCCUACGGGCCGCGGCACAGCUUCUCCAGCUACUCGGAGAGCUUCAUGAACCCCGCGGCCCCCGCCAACCACAUGAACCCCGUCAGCAACGGCCUCUCUCCCCAGGUGAUGAGCAUCCUGAGCAACCCCAGCGGGGUCCCGCCUCAGCCCCAGGCCGACUUCUCCAUCUCCCCGCUCCACGGCAGCCUGGAGACGGCCAACUCCAUCUCGGCCAGCUGCAGCCAGAGGAGCGACUCCAUCAAGUCCGUGGACAGCCUCCCCACUUCCCAGUCCUACUGCCCUCCCACCUACACCACCACCGGAUACAGCAUGGACCCCGUGGCCGGAUACCAGUACGGGCAGUACGGGCAGACUGCUGUUGACUACUUGACUAAGAACGUCAGCCUGUCCACACAGCGCCGGAUGAAGCUCGGCGAACAUUCGGCCGUCCUUGGUCUGCUCCCGGUCGAGACGGGCCAAGCGUAUUGAUGGGAAACAACCCGACCGAUCCUCCUCCGUUGACGACGAGACGCCGGAGAGAAUGAGAAAUCCCACUAACUUCUCCUCUUGAACUCAAUCUUUGAGACCUUCUCAAUCCUCAAAGAGGACAACCGGAUGGAGAAAGGACUUGAACUGUGUGUCUGUCCAAAUCCUUGCCCACCAUCUUUGCCGUCAACUCUUUCCAAGACCAGAGACGAUGAGCUGGGUCUAAGCAAGUUGUAUGGCGUGAGCGCCUUUCGAGGCCGACCAACGUUUAUGGACUUUCCAUCGAUGUUGCCGACUUGGCGUUGUCUCUGUGGACUCUUGUCUAUUUCUUUGUGGUUAUAUAGAGAUAGGUAUCGAUAUAUUCUGUUCGUUCGUCCGCCUAAACCCUCCCCUUUGCCCCGUUUUGUUAUUGUAGGAGGACCAACGUUCCCUGGGAAGUAGGAGUCUUGGUUGGAACCAAGCGUCGAGGUGGAUGGACCAAAAGAAGAAGCAAUUGUUAGAUGGUCAAUGUUUGUGUUGAUUCAUACCAGGGACCAAGUUGAAGACAGGAUGGGGAUGGGUAGAUGUGAUGUAUAGUUCUGUUUUUUUGGGAAAGUUGGGGACCAGUUGCUAACACCACUUAGCUUCCAUUUUGAAGGUCCUCAAGUCAAGAAGUUCUGAGGUUGAAAUAUUUCAGCUCAGAACAUAGUGAGUUUGGUUCCAGAAUCGAACCAAAAUGGACCAAAAGUGUUUAUCUUUGUGAGUGGUUCGAUUUUUGGGGAGCCAAGUUCCCCAAUAAGGAGGUUCUUGAGAUGUUCCUACCAAAAUCCCUCUCCUCUGAAUGAUGUUCUCAUGCCCGUUUAUCCAUUGGUCCCAUUGGAUAAGUGCAACCCUUCCACAAAACCACACAGAUCCACCUGUCCUUGGGAAAUGUGUCCCUUCUCCGAAGGUUCUUGAGAUGUUCCUCAACCUAAGAGCUACCAAAACAUUCCUCUCCUCUGGAGUGUUGGAGGUUCUUGAGAUGUUCCUACCAAAAUCCCUCUCCUCUGAAUGAUGUUUUCAUUCCCGUUUAUCCAUUGGUCCCAUUGGAUGAGUGCAACCCUUCCACAAAACCACACAGAUCCACCUGUCCUUGGGAAAUGUGUCCAUUCUCUGAAGGUUCUUGAGAUGUUCCUCAGCCUAAGAGCUACCAAAACAUUCCUCUCCUCUUGAGUGUUGCUUUUUUGGACCCACAUUAUGAUCCCAUUGGAUCGAUGUAACUCUUCCACGAAACCACACAGAUCCACCUGUCCUUGGGAAAUGUGUCCAUUCUCUGAAAGCUCUUGAGAUGUUCCUCAACCUAAGAGCUACCAAAACAUUCCUCUCCUCUUGAGUGUUGCUUUUUUGGACCCACAUUAUGAUCCCAUUGGAUCGAUGUAACUCUUCCACAAAACCACACAGAUCCACCUGUCCUUGGGAAAUGUGUCCCUUCUCUGAAGGUUCUUGAGAUGUUCCUCAGCCUAAGAGCUACCAGAACAUUCCUCUCCUCUUGAGUGUUGCUUUUUUGGACCCACAUUAUGAUCCCGUUGGAUCGAUGUAACUCUUCCACAAAACCACACAGAUCCACCUGUCCUUGGGAAAUGUGUCCAUCUCUGAAGGUUCUUGAGAUGUUCCUCAGCCUAAGAGCUACCAAAACAUUCCUCUCCUCUUGAGUGUUGCUUUUUUGGACCCACAUUAUGAUCCCGUUGAAUCGAUGUAACUCUUCCAUAAAACCACACAAUUCCAUCCAUAGUCUGGAGUGACCCCAGCAUUUCCUCCAACUGGACCAAGUCUCCUUGGAUGAGGAGAUCCCGAGCAGAAAUGGCUCGAACCUGGGUUAGUUUUGAUCCCCAAUUGGCAGAAGGUCCUUCUACCAUUCCUGUCAGAGCGCGCUUUGGAUAAACACACAUGCAGCAGAAGACCCACGUAGAAGCACUGGCACCAGUAAUGAGGCUGGAGACUUCAGCUAUCUAUAAAAAGGUUUACUUACGAAUGGAAAACUCUCACGAGACAACAUACAUACAGACAGAGUGCUAAGAGCAGAGAACCAGAGAGAGAAUACAGGAAGCAGAAGGCUAUAUAUAAACACCUCUGCUGUAUGAUGCAAUACUCAGUUAACUCUUUACACACUUGCAUAGUGGACAGCAGACAGUGCAUGAUGCAAUCCCCAGCUCACUUCAACAAUUCCAGCCCCACUGUCCUCUCCUUGGGUCCUGCUCCUUCCGAUCCAAUUGUCGGGGUAAGUAAACAAACACAAAACACUGCUGGGUAGGUAACAAGAAUUAUUCCCUCCUCUCACGUCCUCCUUGAGCUGCGCAUGGGACUGAUUGUCUCAAGGCAAGCAAAACUAUACAGAGUCUUGAUCUGUACUUAGCAGAGAUUUAUAGCACAACCUCUGACUUUGUUUGCCGCUCACUGCAUUAAUCAUAAGCUUGAGCUCUGGUUCCAGGUUCUUGAAACCAAGCCUAGAAGGUUCUAGGUCCCUCUAAGAAGGGAACCCUUGCAGUUACAAUCCAGUUUCAUGAGCCCUGAAAUGCCGUUCUUCUUCUCUACCGUGGUUCCCCUCCAAACCACUGUACCAUUUCUAUGGGUUUUGUGCAAGAUUUUUAACGAGUUGUGGAUUGUUGUCUUAAUGAUGCUUCAGAUUCCUGUAAACUAACGGAGAUUUGCAUGAUACGGAAAAGAUGGAGGGUAUGUCCAUUUCAAGAACGUUGACUAUUGGCCACUGCCAACAAACUGUGUCCUCUGUAGGCAUUUUCCAGGUCCUCCAGUGUGACUCGGUGGUUCUCCAGCGUGACUCCAUGGGAUUUGGGGUCCAGAUUUCCUUCCUAUCACUAGACUUUGCUAUUGUCCACUUUAGUUCACCCGCCUCCAGCCGAACGUGUCCUCUUCUCAGCAUCUUCUUGGUCCUCCAACAUUGCUUUGUGGGCCGAGAGCGAACCCUACUUCUCAGCGACGAUGUUGAUGUAUUCCAUGUUCCUCAAACGACAUCAUUCCCAAACCUUGGAGGGGGGGAAGCAGCGAUAUUACCUGUAGAGCAUACCUUUAUUCCUAAUAAGUGUAGAUAAGGUCGCUUCUGUGUUGGAACCAUAGCUAAUCCCACUCCAUGCGUAUCUGUGCGCCUGAACGACAGGGGAGUGCGUGGUCGCGUGCGUGUAGAUAUAUAUAUAAAAGCAUAUAUAUAUAUAUAUAAUCACCCCCCAUAAUUUAUUCAGCUAUAUGGAGUAGUAGAGUAGAGAAACAAAGAAACCUGGUAUUUGCUUUGAAGUCCCUUCCGCCGCGGCCUGUUAGGUGUCUCUCUCUGUAACUCAGGCUUUCACCAUUAUCCAUUAAAAAAAGAAGAAAUGCAACACUCGUGGUCUGGGA